AUGUCAAACAUUUCAUCGUGGUGGCGAGAAUAUUGGCUGUCGUCUUUAACAAAUGCCGGCAUGCAGACAGUGUCACAGUUUACUGGAGCAGUCAAAGACGUGUUCGAGUCAUACCAUCCUAAACUAGAUUCGAAUGAUUAUAAGCAGACAUCAACACAUAUUGAUCUGGACCAAAUUUCCAUGGACAAAUGUAAAGACCUAAUUGUAGACACGUUCGGGGUCAAAUCAAUUGAAUUUCACUACUGGCCUAAACCAAAAUGCCCGCGGAAGUUGAGAGUACCAGUAGAGCAAAGGAUACUACGACAAAAUCCAAUCAGCCCAAUACUCCGCCUACCUACACUAUUUCAAAGACGAAUCAGACUUGCACAUAAUACAGGCCAUUACAGCAAACUUUAUUGUCAUGAAACAAAGACCUCAUCAUUAUUGCCUCCAGUGGAGUCCUGGGAUUCAGGAAAAUUUUUCCUGCCAUAUGGAUGGGAAACAGCUGUUGAUGAGGGUGGAAAGACCUACUUCAUCAACCAUGUUAACAAGACCACAACAUAUGUAGACCCCCGCAAAAGAGUAGGUGAGGAUCCCCCUCCUGAACCUCGUGAUUUGGAACUCUUUCGGGAUGCUCAUUUAGGGUUUGGCUUUGUAGCAGGAAGCGAAAAGCCUGUAAUUGUCCGGUUUGUUUCAGAAGGUGGUCCAAGUGAGCAUCUGCUUUUACCAGGUGACCAGAUAAUAAAAAUUAAUGGUGAAGAUGUACUUAAAGCUCCCAGGGAACAUGUAAUUGAAUUAGUCAGAUCCUGUAAACAAUCAGUUCACCUGACAGUCUGCCAACCUCAGAGCAACAAUACAACUAGGAAGUCAGCACUACUCACUGCUGCUAAAAAAGCCAAGUUAAAAUCCAAACACCCAAGAGUUCACUUUGCUGAAGGAGUGGUUAUUAACGAGUCACCUUUGUUUAGUCCAACUCCAUUUGAAUCUUGUGUGCCAUGCAUGCCUAAUGUAUUGAAAGUUUUCCUUGAAAAUUAUCAAACAAAGUCUUUCAAGUAUGACAGUACAACUACAGUUCAGGAUGUUAUAAACUCUCUUCAUGAGAAGUUAUCUAUCCAGUGCCCAGACCACUUUGGAUUGGUUGUGGAACAUAUUAAGUCUUUAAAAAAAAAUAGACUGACACUUUUGGACCCUAAAGAAACACUAUCCAAGAUUGCUGCACGACCUGGAGCACACCACCUAAGAUGUCUUUUCAGAGCCACAUUUGUCCCAAUAGAUGCAUAUGAUCUCCUUCAGAAAGAUCCUAUUGCUUUUGAAUAUCUUUAUAUUCAGUGUUGUAAUGAUGUGAUCCAGGAGAGGUUAGCCCCUGAUCUGAAGUAUGAUCUGGUGCUACGGCUGGCAGCACUUCAGAUUCAUCAGCAUGCAAUGACCAGUGGUAUACAAGGAAAACUGACCAUCAAAGCCAUAGAGAAAGAAUGUGGGCUUGAAAGGUUUGUUCCUUUAUCUUUGUUGGAGUCAAUGAAAAGAAAGGAGUUAAGAAAGUUGUUGAGCCACUUUAUGAAACAGAACCAGUCUUUAACUGCCCCAGGACAGAAGCAGCUGACUGCACUACAGGCUAAGCUCCAUUACCUCAAAAUAAUCAGUGAACUACCGAGCUAUGGAGCCAGGUGGUUUGCCUCUAGUUUUAAGGAUUCUACGAUGGAGACAGCUCUUCUGAUUAGCCCCAAGUUUGGAAUUAGUCAGAUCAGCAGCUUGAAUAACACAUCACAACCUGUAACACUUGCCCAGAUUGAAGAAGUUUCAUCUCUAACAUUAAAGAAAGAAGAUGAAAUGUCAUAUAAUGUUGAGAUUCAGUUCAAGAAACCAGAUAUUGGGGCCCUUAACUUCAGCUUGGAAGAUAAGGAUACAGAUGAACUAGCCCUGUUGUUGCAAGGUUACCAUCAUCUUCUAGCAGGCUGUGACUUCCCUGUACACUGGGAUACUGGAGCUUCAUGGAAGUCUGAGAUAGCCCCCCUCUAUCAUGGAAGACACGCUGUUCAAGAAGCUCCAUGGAGUUAUCUUCCCUCAUCACACAAGGACCAAGUUGAUGAAGUUAGGACAAGGAUAGUUGAUUUGGCUGUAAUACCUCCAUCCUACUUUCCAUGUGAGCUGCCCCCUGACCGACAAAUACAGAGGAUCUCAUCUAGAGAACAGUUUGUUACUAUGAUAAACAGAACAGCAUCAGUUGACCACAACAUGAAUGAAACCCUUAGAAGUUCAGAAAUGAAAAAUGAUGAAGGCGAAACAAGAGACAGUGAAGGUCGAUUUAAUUUUGAAAGUGUUGUAUCAUUACAGCUGUUAGAAGAUGAAAGUGAUGAUAUUGACUUAACUUUAUUUGAAGCAAGAAAUGAGGAAAUUAUUCAGAGGGAAUAUGAUAUGGCCAAUAUGGUUCAUAAUGGUAAAAAUGAUCAAACAGAAGAUUUUCCACAUGAAGAGAAUCAAUUUCAGAUGAUUCAAAGUAAUAAAAGGAAAACUGGUCACUUAAAGGCUGUGGAUUCCCUGCUAUGUUUAAGCAAGUUUGAUAGCCAAAGAGAAGAAACCUACCUUAAUGUUUCACCCAAGAGCUUCAAAGAGAGACUUCCUGAUUUAGUUGCUCAUUCAGAAAGUGAAUCUGAUAGUCAGAGCACCCCUGGAAACAGCCCAUUACAUCUUUAUCCUCAUAUACAAAAUUCCACUGAGGGUCACAGUCAAUCCCAAAGGACGGGGUCAAGUUUUGGCCUACACAGUCCUGACAUGGAUGGAGAAAGCAAUAAACUGAUUUCUAUGCUUUCCCAGCUACAGUCCUCUAGUGAAAACCCUUUACCCUUUGCUGAAAGAACAUUUUACCUAGACCCAGACAUCAUUGAUCUAACUAUGAUCCUACCACCUGUCACAACAGAGCAGGACUUGCAUCAGAUUGAUUCUUCUAAUCACUUGAACAAUCCUCCUACACCAUUCGUUAACAAUUGCUUUUCUGUGUCUAUGGUUGCAACUGAUGAAAAUGUUGAUGUUUUGCAAGAUACAGAACCAAUGGAGGAAGAAAGAAUAUUUGAGUCAUCUUCAUUUGAUUCUGCACAAAUUGUUGGGAAACGGGACAAUUUCUGUGAUUCCCUGUCGGAUCUGAGUUACCAACAAGAUAGCAUUUUUCCUUUUGCCCUUGAAUCAGAUGGCCUUCCAUUUUCAGAUGACAUAAACAGUUUCAUUGCUAGUGUAACUGUGCCCCCUCCUCCAACAGAAAGUAGCACUGAAGAUAACUUGGCAUAUAUAAAUAGCCAUGAAGACCUUUCCACUUUAAUCAUUCCUCCUCCACCCAGUUCAGAUCUAAGCACACUACUUGAAGAUGAGGUAAUUGCUCGUUUCCAUCAGGCUACUGCUGACAUGCAACGAAUGUUCUCUCAGAAUAAUAAUCCUGAUACUGAACAAACAGAAAAAAAAGGACAGAAUUGCUUUUUCGAAGAACAAGACUAUAACAUUUUAGAAGUCAGCCUGAAAAAUUCUUCAAUAGUAGCAACAUCACAAGAAUACAAUAAAAUACUCCAAAGUCCUGUCCGUGCUAGUAGCACUAAUGUAUCAUCAGUCAAUCAGCUUUCAACAGUUCUUCCUGAUCCACCAGAAUGCACUAUAGAGGGAGAUUGUCAUGGAAGUGACUCAUCAGGUUAUGAGACCCAGACUUCUUCACUGGCAUCAUACAGUGAAAUGCUGUUGAGAGAUUUUCCUGUUUAUCAGAACCUGCAUGAAGAUCCUCAUACCUAUGCAAAUUUGGAGUUUACAUCAGACCCUGAUUAUGUGAACGUGAAGUGCUCAGAAAACCCAACCUCUAAAGAGAAUCAUCUGUUUAAAGAAUGUGUGUCUGAUUAUGAAGAAGUCUAUUUUCAAUUGAUGCCGGAAGUUAUGGCCCAUGGGCUAGGUGCAAGUGAUACCAUUCAUCAGCCUCCUAAAGCUCCACCCAGAACCAAAAAACUAAACCACAAUUUUCUCCCUAUAAAGAUGCAGACAGAAGCAUUUCACAGUGGGAGUUGUGAUGAUAUCCAAACCAGCACUAAGAAAGAAGACAUAACUGGUGAUGACUUAUCCAGUAUUGUUCGUUCUCAGUCACUAAUCAACCUGUAUAGUUCUUGGAAUCCAACUUCUUCUACAGACAGUAUUGUCAAACCACUGUUGCCACAAGCUGCUUCUCUUACUCCGGAUUAUAAGAAAAGAAUAACCAGAAAUCAAAGUGACCAGAAAAUGAACAUUCCAUGCCAAGUAAAUCCAUCCCACUUUAAACACUGGAGCAAACAAUUCAAGUCAGCAACUCUGGGCAGAAAAAAGUACCAUGGAGCAGGGUGGAGAAAGAUAAAUGGAUUCACUAGUGAUUCACUGCAUAACAAUCUUAGCCAUUCCCUAGAAGAUGGGAUUUUCAUGGAUGAUAUUUCAGAAAUGCUGAUUCUAGCUGCUCCUUCUCACUCUUAUCUAGCAGGAGACAUUGGUGAUACCUUGUUGCUUGGUAAUGCAUCAGUAUGCUCCAGGGCAAUGGGACUCCAAAAUUGCAUUUCUCCACUGAAAAGUAGCAGCUCUAACUCCCUUAUGAAUCCUAGAGACAUUCCAGUCAACAGUGUUAGUAGUGCUUUAGAAAAUAGUGUUGACAGUACAUUUCUGGAGUCUGAGCAAGGAGGAGAUUAUCACCAGGCUCAACAUGAAAUUGCUCUUAUGAUAUUGCAUCUGGAGGAUAUUUGUCACGCGUAUGUUAAAAAUGCUGAGACUAGUGUAUCUGACAUAAACAAGUUCAUUGCUGCCAAAGAAGCUCUAAUAACAGAAUCUCGUCAGUUUGUAACAGCUUCUAAGUUAUUUGUGAAAAGUGCAACAGGGUCAUCAGAUCAAAUGAUAGAACAUUUGAAUACUUGUGUUGCACUACUUGAUCGCAUUUUUACAGUCACCGAAUUAGUUAUCACUCAGAUGGUGUCAGCAAACUUGAUAGCAUGUUUAUUUGAAAAACUAAAAGAUGUAGCAAUAGCUUAUGCACGGACUGUUAGUGCUGCCCACCAGACUGUUGGGGAAGUUAUCCUAAAUUCUCAUUUAGGCAUCCUCAUGCAUGAAGCUACCUCACUUGCUUCUGCCUUGACAUCACUUAUGCGAACAUUGAGAUCAUUCAACAGUCCAUAAAGUGGAUUACUAAACAACCUCUUAUCUAACUUUCAUAUAAACAAAAAGUUUUAGCCUAGGUCUUCCAAUACACCACAAUCAUAGCUGUUGUUUUUUAUUGGUUUUGUUUUUACCUGGCACUGAAUGUAUUUGCAAGGUUUUUGAAUACAUUUAGAACUUUGUUCCCAUUUAUUAAUGAAACAUUUACUCAGAGUGCACAGACAUGGUGAAACUCUUCAUUUAAGCAUUUUGGAACAGUAUUCAUUAAAAGUUGAAAUAGGUUUUAACAUCUUGAAACUAAAAUUGUGGCUUUUUACUUUACUUGAUGGAUUCACUGAAUUUCUUCCUAAAUUGCAAAAGCAAAGGAGUUGCACUGAGUUACAGUAAAAUAAUAUAAUACAUAUUUCAUCAUUCAUUCCAAAGGAUCAUUUUUGGAUUGUCACAUAUAGAAUUCAGCUAAUAAUCUUUAAACAUUUCAAAUUACUUUGUCACACAUUUUGAUAAUCAGAGUUCUAUGAGAAUAACUUACUUGAAAUUUAGUUGAAAUUUCUUUUUUUUAUAAAGCAAUAGUAAAGGAAAACUUCUUUAAUAAUAGUAACAUAGAAACUUAUAAAUACAAUUUAAGCCAUAGUUUGACACAAAAUCUAUUAAAUAAUUUCAGAUUGAAUUUUUAUAAUACUGAAUAUAAGAUGGAGUUUUAUCAUAGGCACUAAAAUUAUAAAAUUCUUUUCAGUUUACACUUUUCCUGGUUGAAUGAAUUGUUCUAAGAUUUUAAUAUAAAUUUAAUUAACUUUCAAAAUAUACAGAAACUGCAUGUAAAAUGAAUUGUGAAAAAAAUUGUGAUGAGCUGUUAUUGACUAUUUCAUAUACUUCAUUUCAGUGUCUACCCAUGCAGUACUAAUCUCGCACCAUGUUGUAAUGAUCUUUCUUUGGCAACUUAACAAAUGUAAUAGUAACAAUUUUCUAAAUAUUUUUUUCUUCUGUGAACUUUUCAGAAUAUGGUUUUAUAAGACUGACUUUGUUACUCUUAAAGUCAAGGCUGCAUAAAUGUUUACUUUAACUUACUUUUAAAAACCAUAAUCAUAUUCCAUAUUUUUAUAACCAAGAAAAUCUUAUUUUUUAAUAUGAAAACAUAUUUUUUUUAUAUUUCUACAUGAUUAGUUUAAUGUUAAGAGCAUUUAUGGCAAAAAAUAUUUUGUUAAGUAAUGAAUCCUUUUAUGAGCUACUAAACAAUAUUUUGUUACAUUUUAGACCAUGUUUUUCAAUCGAAAAACAGUUGGUGUAAAUCAUGUGUUUUUUAUAUAACUAGUUAUUUUUUAAAACAUCGAUCUUAUUUUAAUUAUUCAGAAUUACAUAUUGCAGAAGAUGAUUAUUUUGUUCCAAGUUACAUUUUUUGCUAAGUUAUAUGUUUAAUUGGGAAAUGGCUUAAUCUUUCAGUUUUGGUAACUAUUAAACUCUUACUGUUUACACAAGAACAGAAGCAGAAUGUUCAUGACUAACCAAGAGCUGGAAGAAGAAUUUCAAAAAUUGUGUGUAUUUUGUACCUAUAAAUAGAAUAUACCAAAGAUAAAAUUUGGUGGGGUAUAUGCAUCUUGUUACAAAAUAUUACUUACUCGUCAAAUAUUUUGAUAAGGCUGCCACAAGGUGGAGUUUUGUAAAAGCUGCACAGGAACAGAUAUUAAUCUCAUCUUUAUUGCAGCGUAUAAAGUGUUGUAGCUGCAUAGAAAGGUCCAACUUGUUAGCACAACCUUGUAUGUAAUGUUGCUGUGUUUGUAUUAAUCUAUAUCUAAUUCUUAGAUAAGCAUUUUUUCUUUGUAAAUACAAAUCCAACAUUAGAUACCUAUUUAUUGUGAGUAGAAAGCAGGAUCACAUUUUUGUCCAGAAUAUGUAUGGUAUGUAAAGUCAAAGAAACCCACAGUUGACAAGAUCAGUGUACUUUUAUUAUAAAAUUUAUAAUUCAUUAAACACUUUGAUAUUA